UUGUGGAUAAUUCCUUUUCGCUUUUUAUUAUCUGUGCUUUAAUAGUAUCAAUAAUAAUAAUGGAAGCAACACAAAAUCAACAUUACAAAUAAUAUUGUAUGGUUCACUUGUGUUCCAAUACCACUUAUAAAACGCCCGGAAAGCUAUUUAUUCGUGUGCCUAAAGAUAAAAAACGUCGUUUAAAAUGGUUAAAGGCAUGCAGAAAAAGUGAGAAAGAUAUUUCACAGAAAACUACAGCCCACGUAUGUGAGGAUCAUUUUAAUCUUGAAGGAGACAUGGAUAACUAUGUUAAAUACAAGUUAAUGGGUGGUCAGAAAAAAAUGAAACCAAACGUAGUGCCUCAUAUAUUUGAUUGCCAGCAAAAUAGAAAAAGAUCUUAUGAAAAUCAUCCCAGGGCAGCAGGUACUAAGAGAACUGCAAGAAUUGUUGAUAAAGCUAUUUCUUUGGUGCCACAAGAUCCAGCUUGUAUUCAGAAGAAUUUGGAGAUAGUUGCAUGUAGUAGUAAGACCAUUCACCCUAUGGAAAUUCAGCUGGAAACAAAUGACAUUGAAGUUUCGAAAAGGGAUGUCUCUUCACAAACUCGUCCUAGUGUUAGGACUAAAGGUGUUCAAUGUAACCUACAGUGUGUAAUUACAGUAGGGUUAUCACCAAUCAAAAUUAUUCCAGUUAACGUAGAGAUGAAGCCAUCAACGAGUUAUGUGACAAAUAUUUCUGAAACUACUCUAAGCAUACAAAGUAGUGAUCAUGAAAAUUUUAGUGAAAGUGUUAGUGGAAGUAGUGAGUAUACUUUAAUGCCCGGUGAAGUGAAAAAACUUAAUGAUGAAAAGAGAACUGAAUUUAAAAAUCUGACAAUGAAUUGUACGAUUACAAAGUUACAAAACAGACCUAGAUUGUAUAUGGGAUUGCCAGAACAUGUAUACUAUACAUUUCAAUUUCUAGAGAAAUAUUGCACGGUAAAUUCUAUGUAUAUAUUUUUAACACUAAAAAAAAUCAGGACUGGACUUUCUUUUAUAGCUCUAGCAGAUGAUUUUGGCAUAACUGAAAGUUAUGCUUCAAAAAUAUUUUCGAAAUCUGUUCCAAUUAUAAGUAAAUAUUUAAGAAAAUGUAUAAUACAACCUCAUGUUACAUUCGUGAAAUCAAAUUUACCAAUAGCUUUUCGAGCUCGACAUUGUAAUGUUUAUUGUAUAAUUGAUUGUUUAGAAAUAGAGAUAGAGAAACCAACAGAUGCAGUGAAACAAUCUUUAACAUGGUCAGAUUAUAAAAAAUGUAAUACACUUAAAUAUUUAAUAUGUUGUACUCCUGAUGGUAUCAUAAAUUAUAUAUCGACAGCAUUUGGGGGUCGUACAUCUGAUGCUGUCAUUGCAGAACAUAGUGGUUUUUUAAAUAUUUUACCUCCAAAUGUUGCUGUUAUGGAUAGGGGAUUUAAACAUAUUGACCAUUUACUUAGGUUUAAAGGUUGUGUACUAAUUAGGCCACCGAGUGUCUCUGUAGGUACAAAACCUAGUAAAGAUGAGGUAUUUGAGACCAAACGAAUAGCUAGCUUGAGAAUUCAUGUGGAAAGAGUUAUUCGUAGAUUGAGAGAAUUUUCAUUUUUAGCACCACAUGCAUGUAUUGAUAAUAAAUUGUUGUAUUAUUCAGAUAAUAUUAUCAAAAUAGUGUGUGGAUUAAUCAACUUGCAAUCAGGAAUAAUUUCAGGACGGUAACUUUUUGUAGGUUUUACUUGUAUACUUUGUAGGUAGUUAUUUAGUUUUAGAAAAAAAAAUUAGAAUAUUUUUAAGAAAAUGGUUGGUAAAAACCUGAUAUUUCAUAUUAUUUCUAUUUCACUAUUUGCAAUACAUUAUUAUUAUCUAAUCUUAUAUUCUUGUUCUCAUGAUCAUUUUUCAGUGCGUCACAGUUUUUCGAUUUCUCUCUAAUGCAUUAAGUUAGAUGAGACGGAAAAAGCGGUAGCUCCGUGAUUAAACACAAAAAUAAUGCAGCAUUACAAUGGUUAUACAGAGAGAGUCUGUAAAGUGGAAUAAAUUCAAUAUCUCAAAUACUAAUUGUUUUUUUGGAAAAUGCUCAGACCCGUCGAUUAGUAUU